CCAGACUGCCCAGGCGCUUUCCCCUGCCUUCCCCAUCUCUAUUCCGCAGCUCACUAACGCGCACUCAUCACCGCGCUCAGGUGCUAGGUUCCACCCAGCAGCUACAACAGGGUCCAACUUGAAGCUAAAGAAUGGCUACUCAGGAAAAUUCUUCCAGUGAACACUUAAUUCACAUUUCAAACCCAAAUAUCUCAAAAAUGAAAGAAGAUGUCCUCUAUCAUUUCAAUCUUGGGACUAAAACUCAUGAUUUGCCAACCAUGUUUGGAGAUGUGAAGUUCGUGUGUGUUGGAGGAAGUCCUUCCCGGAUGAAAGCUUUUAUUAGCUUCAUAGCUGAAGAACUGGGACUUGCCAAACCUGGCAUGGACUAUCCUAACCUUUGUGAAGGAACUGACCGCUUUGCCAUGUAUAAGAUUGGACCUGUACUAGCAGUUAGUCAUGGUAUGGGUGUUCCUUCCAUUGGAAUCAUGUUACAUGAACUUUUCAAGUUACUGUAUCAUGCCAAGUGUUCUGAUGUUACCAUCUUUCGCAUUGGCACAUCUGGUGGAAUAGGUCUAGAACCUGGUUCAGUGGUGCUAACUAAACAAGCUGUGGAUUCUUGCUUCAAACCUGAAUUUGAGCAGUUUGUUUUGGGGAAACGAGUAGUGCGAUGUACGGAUCUCUGUGCUGACCUAAUUCAGGAAUUAUUGACAUGUGCCAAGGAAAUGAAUGAGUUUAAUACUGUUGUGGGAAAUACCAUGUGUACCUUAGAUUUCUAUGAAGGUCAAGGGCGGCUGGAUGGUGCUUUCUGCUCAUAUACUGAGAAGGAUAAGUUCGAGUAUUUACAGGCUGCUCACGAUGCUGGAAUCAGAAACAUUGAGAUGGAAUCAACUAUCUUUGCAGCCAUGUGCAAUGCCAUUGGCAUCCCAGCUGCUGUUGUGUGUGUUACUCUUCUGAAUCGUCUCAAGGGAGAUCAGAUUACCAGCCCCCAUGACGUGCUUGUAGAGUACCAACAAAGACCACAGAAGUUGGUAGCAUCUUUCAUUAAGAAACGUCUAGGAAAAGCAUGAAAACCCCCUUUUUUUUUAAUUCAGUUUAAGAAAAUCCUCUAUAAUCUUUGCAAUUAAAAUAGAGGA